UUGUGGCUUUAUUGCAGCUUUCCUUCAAAAUAUCAUCUGUGACUGAGGAAAUCCCUAUCUUCCUAUCAGACUAAUGAAACCACAGGACAGCAAUUAGACUUUUAAGUAUUGGGUGGUUUAGAGCCCUAGAUAUUCUAUAUGCAGACUACUCAUGUUUGUUUGUUUUAAUAAAGACUGGUCCAAAGGCUCAUUUUCACAGAAGCUACUGUUUUUCAGUUCCAGGACCAGGUAAAGAUGGGCAGCUCCGUGAUCCAUAAAAUCCAAGGGUGACGACUCAGGAUUAGGACCAUUUCUUGGUGACAUUGAGAUGGUCGAGCUGGUCCGCAAUGAAUCUAUGCGGGGGGAACUUGGAAGUGGCGGCCGCCUUUAUGGCCUCGAAGGCCUCCCUCCUGCGCACCGCCGCGUGGCCGCGCUCCUGCUCCCGGGUCAUGUAGGGCAUGCUCAGCCAGUAAUGGUUCUCCGCCUCGAUCUCCAGGCGGCGGAUCAUGUUCUGCUUGGCGCGCAACGACACGAACCGCGGCCGCCGGUGCUUCCCGAUCCACUGACGGCCGGGAAUGCGGCCGCGGUAGAGGAGCGCAGUCAGGAACAUGGUGCCUGCGGAAGAGAGGGACGCGCUUUGAGGAGGCGAACUGGCGCGGCCGGACCUGGAGAGAGCAGCGGGCGCGCGCUCCAGCUCACGCCUACGGGAGUUCCCCACCGCCUCCCCUCCAGAGAAGCGGGGAGCCCAGGUAAGGCCAGCAGGCGAAGAAGGCGCUUCCUAGAGAACCGAAUUCGCAGAGCUACUCACCAGCCGCGCUGCUCAAGACUCUGCGUCUCCGCGGCCGCCGGCAGACGCUGUGGCGUAAGCGCACCCGUCUCGCGGGGUCUCCUGGGGCCUCGGCGAGAGACUUCGGCUCUCGCGAGAGAGGACUGCGCCUGCGCAGAGCCGAGGACGCGUCCGGCGCCCAGAUUCAAACUAGUGGCGGGAGGCUGUGAGCUGAGCGGUGGGGUCUGCGUACGCCUGGAGUCCUUCCCCGCUGUGCUCAGCAUGGACCCUAUCCGGAGCUUCUGCGGGAAGCUGCGGUCUCUGGCCAGCACGCUGGACUGCGAGACGGCCCGGCUGCAGCGAGCGCUGGACGGAGAGGAAAGCGACUUUGAAGAUUAUCCAAUGAGAAUUUUAUAUGACCUUCAUUCAGAAGUUCAGACUCUAAAGGAUGAUGUUAAUAUUCUUCUUGAUAAAGCAAGAUUGGAAAAUCAAGAAGGCAUUGAUUUCAUAAAGGCAACAAAAGUACUAAUGGAAAAAAAUUCAAUGGAUAUUAUGAAAAUAAGAGAGUAUUUCCAGAAGUAUGGAUAUAGUCCACGUGUCAAGAAAAAUUCAGUACACCAGCAAGAAGCCAUUAACUCUGACCCAGAGUUGUCUAAUUGUGAAAAUUUUCAGAAGACUGAUGUGAAAGAUGAUCUGUCUGAUCCUCCUGUUGCAAGCAGUUGUAUUUCUGAGAAGUCUCCACGUAGUCCACAACUUUCAGAUUUUGGACUUGAGCGGUACAUCGUAUCCCAAGUUCUACCAAACCCUCCACAGGCAGUGAACAACUAUAAGGAAGAGCCCGUAAUUGUAACCCCACCUACCAAACAAUCACUAGUAAAAGUACUAAAAACUCCAAAAUGUGCACUAAAAAUGGAUGAUUUUGAGUGUGUAACUCCUAAAUUAGAACACUUUGGUAUCUCUGAAUAUACUAUGUGUUUAAAUGAAGAUUACACAAUGGGACUUAAAAAUGUGAGGAAUAAUAAAAGUGAGGAGGCCAUAGAUACAGAAUCCAGGCUCAAUGAUAAUGUUUUUGCCACUCCCAGCCCCAUCAUCCAGCAGUUGGAAAAAAGUGAUGCCGAAUAUACCAACUCUCCUUUGGUACCUACAUUCUGUACUCCUGGUUUGAAAAUUCCAUCUACAAAGAACAGCAUAGCUUUGGUAUCCACAAAUUACCCAUUAUCAAAAACAAAUAGUUCAUCAAAUGAUUUGGAAGUUGAAGAUGGUACUUCGUUGGUCUUAAAUUCAGACACAUGCUUUGAGAAUUUAACAGAUCCCUCUUCACCUACGAUUUCUUCUUAUGAGAAUCUGCUCAGAACACCUACACCUCCAGAAGUAACUAAAAUUCCAGAAGAUAUUCUCCAGCUUUUAUCAAAAUACAACUCAAACCUAGCUACUCCAAUAGCAAUUAAAGCAGUGCCACCCAGUAAAAGGUUCCUUAAACAUGGACAGAACAUCCGAGAUGUCAGCAACAAAGAAAACUGAAAUUCCAGUGGAUCUAUCCAAUACAGAAACUGAACAGAAUGAGAUGAAAGCCGAGCUGGACCGAUUUUACCAUUCACAUUGCCCUGCCUCUGUCCCCCUUUAAACGUUGACCCAUUUUAAAGACAAACAUGAACAUUAACAUCAUAAUAUGCUUUUUAUGAAGUUUCAAUAAGGUUUAACCUUAGUCUUGUUAACAUGUAGCCCAGUCAUUCAUUCUUUAGUGUUUCAUUGAUAUUAAAUUACCCAGCUUAAUCAACAGAAUGCUUUAAGUAGUACCAGGAAGUAGGACAAGUGAUUUUAAAAAUAUAAAGGUGUUUGCUACUCAGAUGAGGCCGCCCCUGACCUUCUGGCCAGAGAGACAUUGCUGCCAGCCAGCUCUGCCUUCCCAUCAUCUCCUUUCAGGACCGUCCCACACCUUCUACUUGCUCAGUGCUGUCUGAAGAUGCAGUUGCUGUUUGCAAACAACAAGAACACCAGUUAAACUACUUAGGAAAAGAGAGAGAUUUGCAGGCCUGGGUAACUAUAUACUGUGACCAUUGGAGGUGGAGACAGGUCUCAACAGUUGGAACCAGGAACUCUGCUGUCAGGUUGUGAGUUUUGUUUCUCUUUUCUCCCAGCUUUUCACUGUGUGGGGGUCUUUUCUCUUAUGUCAGCUCUUUCUAUCACAUGGCAGCUGACCUCACGCUCCACUCUGCAGCUUGGACACCCAGUAGACCCUGAAUUUCACUCUCUCUAAAAGGUUCUGAGGGCUCAUCCUGGGCCAGGGGCCCUCCUGUGCGCUGUUAGCUAUGGCCACGGGAGCCUCCGGAGCUGCCUGGUAGCUUCAGGUUGACCUGCUUAUCAAGCCUACGAGCCUUCUGAUUUAAGUACAGCUGGAAAGUAUUAUCUAAUUAAGUUCAUGAUAGUGCUUUUGGAGAACUUGUCAAAUUACAGCCAAUGAGAAAAUAAGGACCUAGCAUACUGUGGAAAACCAUUAAAAAUUUGAGAAGAAACAACAAGUAUUAUGUCAACUUACUUCAAAGGCGUAGUUUUCGGAAUUUGAUGCAGUAAAGAUUACCCUGUUUUAUGAUUGUUCCUUGAAAGUCAAAUGGGGGACCUGUCCAUUGUGCUCUAUUAAUCUUGUCAGAAAACUGUCACCAAAACAAAACUUGAGUUUGUCCUUGUUCUAGGAGUUACUGGGUAGUUGUAAGUAUAAUUUUUAUUAAAUAUAAUGUAAAAUGUUAAGAUACUUAGUUUUGUUUUUCAAAGUAAAGCUGUAGUCAGCCUUAUGUAUGCCAUUGACUCUGAAAUGUAUACCAGCCUUUCACUGUGUACCGUGUGUAUAUAAAUCCACAGAACCGGAUGAGCUGCUUAGGGAGGGAAUAUAUUCAAAGUGUACCAAGGACCAAAUCCUGGAGUUCUCCCAACUUUAGAGGAUGGAAAGGGGCAGAGUAAUCUAGCAAAGGAGACUGAGAAGAGGCCAGUGAAGUAGGAAGAAAGUAUUUCAAGGAGAGUGAUGAUUCUGUGAAUAUUGCUGAGAAUUCAAAUAAAAAGAGGACUGAGAAUUGA